AUUGAUUCUAAUGGGAGUAGCCUAUCCAGAGCUGCCUUUUUACAGAUGGACAUGCCGGAGAGCCUGCAGUUGGUCAGAGCGUCGGACGCGGAUUGAGCUGCGUCCAAAGGCUCCCCACAUUCCCCAUUAUCCUUUAUUGUACCUUAAAGAGGCAAGUUUAGAAAGGAGGAAACUGUGGAGAAGACUGGAGAAAUAAGCUCAAGCUUUACUGGUGAUGACGGUUCUAUCUAAAGAGGGACCCCUGAGCUCACGGCUGGUUACUGAGGAAGGACCGGAGUGAAGGGUCACUGAUCUCAGACAAUCUCCUUUCACUGACUGACAGUAACACACACAAGGGAAAUACACUUAGACACAUCCGUCCAGAGCAGCAUAAUAGCUCAGCAUUCCGCACAGUGUUGUGGACACAUAUCAAGUCAGAACCUUGCAGAAAUCAACACAGGCCCUUUAAGCAGGAUGAGGGAACCUCUGAGGUGCCUGCUGGGCCUGUUUCUCCUCCUAAAUUCAGCCUCCACCCACACUGCCAGCAAUCCAUUUGCAGGCCAGCAAAACUCCUUAGACCCUUGCUAUGAUGAGAGCGGAGCUGCCCGACGAUGCAUCCCGGAGUUUAUAAAUGCUGCCUUUGGCAAGGAGGUGACUGUGUCCAGUGUCUGUGGUCGACCUCCGUCCCGCUCCUGCAGUGUUGUUGAGCGCAGCGACGAGCGGCCCUCUGUGCGUGCAUGCCAAAUCUGUGAUGCAUCUGACCCAAGGCGUGCUCACCCUGCCUCCUACCUUACAGACCUCAACUCUGCACACAACCUUACCUGCUGGCAGUCAGAGAAUCUAAACACAUCACCACACAAUGUGACUCUCACUCUCUCUUUGGGAAAGAAGUUUGAGAUCACUUAUGUGAGUCUGCAGUUCUGCUCUCCACGACCUGAGUCCCUGGCCAUAUACAAGAGCAUGGAUUAUGGCAAGACCUGGAUGCCCUAUCAGUUUUACUCUUCGCAGUGCAGACGCAUGUACAACAGGCCCAACAAAGCAACCAUUACUAAACAAAAUGAGCAGGAGGCCUUGUGCACAGAUGGGCACACUGAAAUGUACCCACUUUCUGGAGGACUGAUUGCUUUCAGCACUCUGGAUGGAAGACCCUCUGGGAAAGACUUCGACAACAGCCCUGUCCUUCAGGACUGGGUCACAGUCACUGAUAUUCGUGUGGUCUUAAGUCGACCUCAGCUUCCCAGGGAACUUGUACUGGGCUCAGGAAGCAACACUGGAGGAAGGGACGACGACCCAAUGGCUGUAACUUCAACAUUACCUACAUAUUUCUAUGCAGCAGGAGACUUCCAGGUGGGUGGAAGGUGUAAAUGCAAUGGACAUGCCUCGCGUUGUCUAAAAGACAAAGAAGGGAAGCUGGUGUGUGACUGCAAGCACAACACAGAAGGGCCUGAAUGUGAUCGGUGCAAGCCCUUUCACUACGACCGACCAUGGCAGAGGGCCAAUGCCCGGGAGGCCAAUGAGUGUCUGCCAUGCAACUGCAACCUCCAUGCCCGCCGCUGUCGAUUCAACAUGGAGCUAUACAAGCUAUCUGGAAGAAAAAGUGGAGGAGUCUGCAUGAACUGCCGUCACAAUACAGCCGGACGCCACUGUCACUAUUGCAAGGAGGGGUUUUACAGAGACAUGGCUCGACCAAUUACUCACAGACGUGCCUGCAAAGCUUGUGACUGCCACCCUGUGGGCGCCGCGGGAAAGACAUGCAAUCAAACCACCGGCCAGUGUCCUUGCAAGGACGGCGUCACUGGCAUCACCUGCAACCGCUGCGCCAAAGGCUACCAGCAGAGCCGUUCACCAGUGGCCCCCUGUAUCAAAAUCCCUGUGGUCAACCCCACAGCUGCGGUGAGCAGCACGGAGGAGCCAGCAGAUUGUGAAUCCUACUGUAAACCAGUGAAGGGCAACCUUAAGAUCAAUAUGAAGAAGUAUUGCAAAAAGGACUAUGCCGUCCAAGUGAACGUGUUGGACAUGGAGACGGUUGGAGACUGGGCCAAGUUCUCAGUCAGUGUGGUGUCUGUGUACAAGAGCCGCGGCGAGCCCUUAAAGAGAGGUGACAACAUCCUGUGGGUACACAUGAAAGACCUGGCCUGCAAAUGUCCCAAGAUUCAGAUGAGCAAAAGAUUCCUGGUGAUGGGUGGCACUGAGGGAGGGACGGGCCCUGUGCCGGGUCCUGGUGUUGGCCCAGGAGGAGGAGGCGUUUCCAGUCCUGGGACGGAACGAGUAGGCUUGGUGGCUGAUAAGAAUAGUCUGGUGAUUCAGUGGAGGGACGUUUGGACAAGACGUCUGAGAAAGUUUCAGCGCAAAGAGAAGAAGGGAAAAUGCAGCAAAGCGUAACUGAGAGGCAGUGCCCAUCCCUACCUCUCUUCCACACAAACCUUAAUGAACUCUUCAUGACUGUUUCUAUCUUCCUGAAUCUGUUCUCCUCCUCUAUCAAGGGAAUACUGUGCAUACAAAAACAACUGCUUUUACCUUCCCUGUUUUGAGGACCAUAUUUUGUGUACAUUGUAUAAUUAUAUUACCUUUUUGUCCAAGGACUGUCUCUGCAAUGCCACUUGUCUUUUUGUCCAAUUGGUUUGCCUUAAAAAAGGGACCAAUAAUAAGGGUUUAACUUUGACAAGAGCAGGCACCAUUCGCUUAAGAAAAGCAGAAAUCUACAAAUGUCAAAAACUUCCAGUCCUCUGAACUCUGACCUCAAAACGCUACAAGUGACUGUCUUCUUCCUCUUCGCUUUAGUACUUUAUGUACAAGACUGACCAUGAGUUCUCACACUUAUUACUUUUCUGAGAACAUUAUUUCACAGUGAUCGUCACUUUAUGAGAUUGAAACAUUUCAGCAACAGCUUGGCCACCUUAUUGGACCAUUCUAUAAAUGCUCAGCACAAAAAAUGGGCCUACUUGCUCUGACUCUUUUUGUUCACAUUGUUAAACUGCAUUUAAGAAAUGUUUGUCCCUCAAGGAACCAAGGGCUCCCUAACCAGGGACAUUUCUUCCCAGCAAACCUCAGUCACACCACCGCUGCUGCUGCUGCCAUAAGACUGUUCUCAAAGAAUAAACUGCUCAUGUUGGAUCUUUUUAUUCUAUAAGUAUGUGUUUAACUUUUCAAUUGCAUUCUCCACCCUAUCUUGAUUUGCGGUUCAUCUAUUUGGAACAUUCUAGGCAAAAUAGACCCUGUUUUUGCAUGUCAGUCAGAUUUUUACUUGAGGCUGUGCCUCUUUGCCACUAGUCCCUCUCGAAGAUCCUGAUUCAUUCCAUGUCACUUCUUUGUUUUUUGGACAAAAGAUGAAGUACCAUGGACAAAUGGCUGGAAUUUCAAAACAAUGCAACAUUUCCAGAGAUGUUUUGUUUUAUGAAUAAUGUCUUCCGCUGGUUGCCGUCUUCCAGAUGGUGGUGUUGACCAACAUUAUUUUCUUACUCUUUCAACAUCUUAAUGUGUCUGAAGACUGGCAGGCUCCAUUCGCCAAAAUAAGAGACUGAAACGAGAGUUUCUUUUCAUGCAGUAAAGAAAAAUAAAAAUUAGGUAGAUAAACAUCACAGCCAUGUUUUUUUUCCUCCACGGUGUAUGUUGUCAACAUGAAUGAGGCUGGAAACAUUUUAGCUCUUAUUUUAUUAUAACAUUAGAAGAUCAUGUUUCAUCUUUCUGUGCUUUUUUAUAUAUAUUUGCAUGCUUGUGGCUUCUUGCUAACAGUUAGCAGAGCGGGAGCAGAACCGGUAUUAAGAUCCAAAGGAAAACUUCCCAACUCUGCCUCCACCACUUGUUCACCCUGAGGCAUAACGUUGUCAUUUCAAAUAAUUAGAUUUGGUUUUUGUAUUCAAUAAGGAAACAAAGACAUUUAU